AUGGCCUCAUCAGAUAUGACAGAUAUGAGUGUAAGCUGGCAAAAUUCUUCUGAGGAGUUAACUGUUUGUUAUGGAGCUGUAACCGGUGAGCCUGCCGCUAUAUUCAUGUAUGUAAUGUUGGCUCUGACAACCAUUCUGGUGGUGGUUCUCAACCCGCUGUGUCUUGUUGUUCUACGACGCACAAGCAGCAUUCAAGAUACCACCAAGACAUUUAUGGCAUCUCUCACCAUUUCUGAUCUCUGCACUGGGAUCUUCUGGGGGAUUCCCAAACUGAUCGAAUACGCAUCUGUGGUAACACCAGCACUGGAAGAUUUCAUUUGCGUGAUGGCUAGUCUUGUGGCCCCAUUAUUUUUCACAACAAGUAUUCUAUCCCUACUUCUAAUGACAAUUGACCGCUACAUCGCUAUCGUCCAUUCGCUGCACUACCCCAGGCUCAUGACCCUGUGGAGAUCAAAGGUCAUAGUUGCCCUGGUAUGGGUAGCAGCUCUUGUCGAACAGGUUGCUUUGUCUAUCACAGCUGAAGCUCAAAGUUCACUCCUCUGCAAUUUUGAUUGCGCAGUUUGCGACUAUAUGUAUCUCUGUAUAAUCGUAAUCUCUCUUGGGAUCAUCCUGGUGCUUUACGUGCACAUCCUGAAAAUCGCCCGGCAUCAGGCACGUCGCAUUGCCGCACAGAAUUACAUAGCUAACCCUCAAGGAGAGCAGAAUGCCCCGCAUCGAGUCAGCACUAGGUCUGCCACAACAGUGAUCAUUGUGACUGGAUCGGCGUUCCUGUGCUGGGCUCCGCAGAUUGUAAAUGUCACCCUCGACCUGGAAGUGGAACAAUAUCCAUGUGCCAUCUUUUACAUCACAGAAAUCUUAUUCUUGACCAACGGUUGGCUGAAUGUCGUCAUUUACUACUGGCGGAACAGGGAGCUACGGGAAGCAAUGCGCAGCUUGGUAACAUCACAUCGCCGUUAA